ACAGACACACACAAACGCACACAUUGAAAACAACGUGCGCAGGAAAUACACCUUAUAAGAGAAGAAAUUCUGUCAUCCUGGCCGGAAGCGGCGCUGGCAUCGACAGCAUCAUCAUUGAGACUGAAACGCGUCCAGCCAGUAGAACAAGAGUUCAGCAACAGCACAAAAUGGCAUCGACUGGUGAGAUUUGGCUACAAUGGUUUUCCUGCUGUUUCCAACAGCAACGCUCCCCCUCACGUCGUCCACAUCAACGCCUGCGCAUCGAUCGUUCUAUGAUUGGUAAUCCCACAAAUUUUGUUCACACCGGUCACAUUGGAUCCGCCGACGUGGAGCUAUCUGCCAAUCGCCUCAAUGCGAUAUCAACACAAAUGCAGGGCAAGGGCGGCUAUGAAGCGAAUUCGAUACAAUCGUUGCACGCCUGCUGAAGGAGCUUCUCACUCUCUCCUCCGUGUCUCAUCAUGGCGUAAAAUUUGUCUGGGUUCGGGCGCUACAAAAUGCAUUUCGUGCAAUUCUCCAUAUAUGUAUAUUUUACAAAAACAACAAAACAAACUUUUUAUAUAAAUUCUUUGUUAAAUGCUAGCGUGUCUUAUCAGGCAAAGACCAGCGAGAAGAGGAAAAUGGGUGACAGACAGACAAUGGACUCCAUAUAUACAUACAUACAUACAUAUAUAAUAUAAGUUUAUGGCAAAUGGAUGACCAGCUAUAAUGAUGAUAAUGGACCUUCGACCUAAACGAUCCGAUCAAAGCCCAUUUUCCAACUUCUUAGCACUGCUUUUUCUUUAUUUGUGAGUAUUAGCUAGAUGAAAAAUCGCAAAUGAGAAGAAAAAGUGUGCCAAUCAAACAACAAAUACAUUUAACAAUCCAGAGAGAUGGCCUCAGGACCCAAUCCCUCCUCCUCCUCUUCCCUAUAACAAAAACAUUUUUCACUGAUUGUACUUAAUAUUAAUGAACAAAAAAAACAGAGGAUAAUUUUACGGAUUUCCUUUAUCUUUGCCGGGCAUGAGGAGGUUUUGCCUUAUUUUGUUAAACCUGGCACAAACGACGAGAGAUCGAUUCAUCCAUUCAAUUUAAGAAAAGUCUGUUCAAGAAUCUGAAUUAGCAUUUACAUUAUAUAAGCAUAAAUGUUGUGAAUUGUAUUUUAAAAUGAAAAACAAAAAACAAAUCAGAAAAUCAACCAUAGUUACGUAAAUUGUCGCACAAUCAAAUUUUUGUAUUCAAUAUUUCAAAUAUUUUUCCAUAACUCGAAUAAGUUUUGUGUCAAGAGCAAAAAGUAAAAGAAUGCAAAAGUUAAAGAUCGAGUACCUUUUUGUAACUAAAAAAGCAAUUUUAUAUACACCGGAUAAACAAAGAUGAAAAUAUUUAUAUAUAUAUACAAAGAGAGAUAUCUGUAUAUAGUAUAUACAAGAAGAAACAAAUGCGAUUGUAGCUAUCUAAAUAAAGGAGGGAAAAGAUAAUACAUACGAUGGGGUUUAAGCGCAUAGACUAAUUGUAUAAACAAAAUAUUUAAGCAAUAAUUUAUGAAAAAAAAUAUAUAUAAAUGUAUUUAAAAGAAACAACCAAACAAAAGUUUAAA